ACCAAUAGGAAGCCGCGAAAAAGCUCGGAGUAAACUCGUCUCCUAUUUCGACGAGUUACUAACGUUUGCGCAUAGUCCCCCAAUUUCAAAAUGGACCCCGCCGCCGGAUUGAACAUGAAUCAAAUUGGCAGAGCAGAUGUUAAUUUAAACGGGUUAAUUAAUAGUAUAUUCGGACGAAUAAAGAUUAUUUAUACAGCAGUGCAUUAAGUGAGUCUUGCGAAAUUGUUCAGCAUGUGAAAUAAUAAUUGAUUUGUUUGUAGGAAUCGUUUGAAAAUCAACGGUAUGGCACUGCGAGUAUAUCACGUUAUUUUGCGAAUGCUCAACCUCUACUCUAACGAUUGUAUGACAGCUCCCAGAAGUUUACACCAGAUGAGAUUUCUAUGCGUGCUGACACUCAAUUAUACAAUUAGUAAAGUGAAUACUACUGGAAGUAAAUGUCACCAUUUCGGAGUAGAAGAAUCAAAGUGCUACCUCAAGAGCAGAGGGGCUAGACUGACAGCUAGAAUAUGGGAUUCAAUCUAGAGAAAAGUCCGAUCAUACUUGGUCGAACUGUAUUUGUCCCAGGGGAGAAUGCAAAGCUGAAACGACAGAGUGCUUGCGGUAUAUGUCAGAUGUUAUUAUUACACCCCUGUGUACCUUGGCGGAAAGUCACUGCCAGUGUGUCGCUGGGCAAGGUCCAGCUGCCCACCGCAAACAUGUUGUUGCUCUGCUUCUGGAAACGACACAGAGAGUUGAAGAAAGAGAAAUCAUACUUCCUAGUACAUGUAUCAUUUCAAGAACUGCAGUCAUUUCACAACCCAUGGAUAUGAAAUGCAAAUCAGCUGGAGACUUGGAGUCCUAUACAAAAAGAAUCGUAACCACAGGAUCCGAGAUGCGUACAUCAACUUUCGUAGAUUUCAUUACAGCUGUAUGCCUUCCAAGCAUACUAUUAUGUCGGUCUUCACAUUCGGCAUAUGAAGCUCAAGUGCCCGUCAAAAUGUCCUUGAUUUUUCAUUGUUUCGAACGAUUAUUCGUUGAUAACUCGAUCAUUUUCAUAGAUGGAAUUAUUUUUC